UUGUCUAAACAAAAAUGUUUAUCUGUUUUUUAAGCAUAAAAAGGUAAAGGUAAGCUUGCUAGUUGCUUUUUACCAGGAAGAUCGCCAAGUGACUUACAGCCAUGGACACAAUGCCUUAAGAGAAGGGAAAAUAUUGGGGCAUUGGGAAUUAUACAUCGUCUAACAUGUAUGAAAAAAUAAAAGCAACACAACCACCAUGUAAAUAACUAGGAGAAAUCAGCAACCAAAGCUUUUCCAGCUGUGAUUGCAAUGACUGGAAAUCACAAAUGCUAGCAGCUAAGAAAAACAGUUGUUAAACCAAAUAUGCUUAAUAAGAAAGAAAGAGAAACACUGAAAGAUUGACAGCUCCUCUCAAAAUCACCCAUGCUUGUGCCUUGAAUGACUGCCGGAUUGACACACAUUUAACCAGCAGUGCUUUUAUUAGCACAAUGAAAACUCUGCUAGUGAAACAUGUGCCUCUUGUGCACUUUUGCUUUAAACGGAGGUGGCAGGUCUUUCUGAUGUUGGGAGUAACCAUGACAUUUUUUAUAUGCUGGGCUGAAAAUGCCGACAAUCAGAUAUUGCUGUAGGUCCAGUUUUGUUCUGUAUGAGUGGAAGUUGUACCUUGCCAGGCUUUGCUAAGGUCUGCCUUUCCUCUCUGGCAUGAAGGAGAGUGCAUAUUGUAAAGUCUGUGUGUCUUUGUGUAUGAUGGAUCAGGCUCUAUGACACAUGGGUGUCUUCCUGCCUCCCCUCUUUUCUGCUGCCAAUCAUGUCACUGGGCUGUCACUUAGAACAAGAAAGGUGGCAGACUGAAAACCAGCUGUUUAAUGAGUAGUAGUGUUCUAAGAAUAAAAGCUUGCACUUUUAAAUUUGUCAACUGCAAAGGUAAUAACACUGCAAGUUUCGAAACAUUCUAAAUUCUUUAACUUGCAUGCUUUUUUAACAAUCAAGUGGUAUAUAAAUUGUAUGAAAUAAAGGAAAACCGAUGGAAUCAAUUCUAAAUGGUUUUACUUGUCUUAUUGCAUUUUGAUUGAAGACAUUAGCGUAGGUAAUGUUUCUGAGAAUUUGUAAGUCACAAAUACUAUAGGAACCAGAUGGUAUUUGUAUACCAAGCCUACACAAAUCUCUUAAUGAGCUUUACAUCAGAGGAGUCGAAAUGAGUUUACGUGCAGCUAACCAGAAAGGAUAGUUUGAGUCCUGAGAGACAGCAGCGGUCUACUGGACAAGCCGAUUGCAGAGACUGGAUAGACCUCUCCAAAAUGUACCUUUCAAAUCAAGAAUAUUAUUUAAAGCUGGAAGAGCUUAAGUACGCUCACCUGGAGACCAUGGCAAAAUUGGAAAACAUGUAUCGGAAUAAACUGUAUCUAAAAGAUGUUCAACCUUUAACAAAUGUGGAUGUGACCCAUAGUAUGAAUGAUAGAUCUUGGGAGCCAAGCCCUUUUCAACCUCAGAAUAUGUGUAAAUCAUUUUCUGAGCCUGAUUUGAACAACUCUUUUCAUUCAGAUUUAUCUCAUAUAUCUGAUAAAGAAUUAGAGUUAGAAGAAAAUAACAGUGAAAACAGAUCACUAACAUUUGGUAAGGAGCAAGCUGAAAAUUCAUGGGAUGGGUCAUCUUUGGAGGACUAUUCUCACUGCAACCAAAGUAUUUUAUCCAAAUUACAGACUUUGAGGAAGAGCAGGAGGAAGAAAAAAAAGUGGUCCCCAAAGAUCACAAUACCUGAGCCUUUCCAGAUGACUAUCAGAGAAGCUAAGAUCAAACAACAGAACAUAAAGUCAAAGUCACUGAUUGAACUGGAAAAUAACUUGCUGAAGAAAGAAUUGGAGGAGGAAGCAGAAUGUCAAAAGAAAUUCCGAGCCCAUCCAGUGCCUGCUUAUGUCUUUUUCCCUCUCUAUCAUGAUAUUAUGCAGCAAAAUGAAGAACGUAGAAAGUCACUAAGAGAGAGGAGGCAAGAGAUCCUUCUAGCUACACAGAAGCCAUUUCAGUUUAUUGAGCGGGAAGCACAAAAGAAAGAAAUGAAGAAAAUGCAGUUGAAGUACGUUUCUUCACCAGAAAAGAAAGCAAAAGUAUUCAAAGCAAAGCCAGUUCCUAAAUUUGUUUAUAGUUCAGAAAUUAAUGAGAAGCUAAAGGAGGAAGAGCUUUAUAGAGAUAUUAGAAUUCAGAUGAGAUCAGAAGAACUUCUGCGCAAUUCAUCUCUCCCUAACAGUAGGUUAGGAAACAGAGGCAUUAAUAAGAAUAGGCAGCAAAAUCAUCUUGAGCUGACUAAAGAAGUGGAACACAAACCAAAGACCAAAGCCAAGGUCCCAGAUUUUGAAAUUUUACAUCAAAAAUUCCUGAAGCGGCUUCAGAGACAGAAGAAUGUGAAACACAUUACAGCCUGUGAACCCUUCAAUCUCUGUACACCAAAUAUAGCAUCUAACAAAGAGAAGAUUCUUGAGGACAUUCAAAUGGAUGAAGAAAAAUUAAAGGAAACACGCUGGCCCUUUGCUUCUUCAAGAGCUAAGCCUCAAAUGAGGUCUUUGAAUGCAAAUUCAUCUCCUUCAGGCUGUGAAGAACCUGUAUCUCCAAGAAUUACAGAAUCUACAAGACGACGACUACAAGUAGUCAGGGAGUCAGCUGAGGAAAAAAGAAAGGUAGAAGAAGAGAAGAAGAAAAAUAGAACAAAACAAAAAGAAAGAGCAAGAAAGCUACAGAGACUUAUAUACACCCGGGCUGAGGCAAAUGAUCCCCAUCAAAGUCUAGCUCAGAUGCAUAAAUCGAAGUUUAAAAUACUCAGGAAACAUGAAAAGCAGAGAAUGAAAGAAUAUCUCCAGGAGCUGGAAGAAAUGGAAGAAAGAGUGGAAAAGAGGCCACUGUUGUUGGAACAAGCUACACAGAAAAAUGCACGAAUAGCAGCUGAGAAGCAUUACUGCGGUAUUCUUCGAGAGCUGGGACUAUGUGAAGAGUUUGUUUCAAAGAAAGGUGAAACAGCUACAGAAAUGCUUUUGCAGGACCAUUCCAGUGGUGGCUCUGACAUUUUGACAGCAGACGGCGGCAGUGAUAAUGAAAAUAAAGCAGGAGAUGGAGAAUCUGAGAGAGAAUGGGAAAGCUCACAGCUCCAUUCUGCCCAGUCUUGUGGAGAGGAGGAUGGUGAUGAGGAGGAGGAUGUGGAAGCCUCUGAAGAGGAGGUGGACAUGGAAGCUCAGCCAGAUCACGAUGGCCAGGAGGCUCCUGAGUAUGAAAGUGAAAACAGUGAACAAGCUGCCACAGAAAAAUCCAGUGAUGAUGAAGGCUAACUGAAAUACAUGUCUGCUUCCAUGUUGUGUCGGUUUUGGUGUUUUGAAUUUAUUCUGUUGCUCCAAAUAAUAUAAGAGAUGGAGAAAAUGAGACAACUGGUGCAAAUAGAGUUUUGAAGCAUUUUUAAUGUGCUGAUCAGCUGUGAGUUUUCAACUGGCUUAUUUUAUUUAUUAAAUUUGUAGACUGCCCUAUA